AUGAAGUUUUCCAGCAUUUUGGCGGGUGCCGCCCUCUUUACCAGCAGCGCGCUCGCCGCUGACUUGGACCCCAUUGUCAUCAAGGGUUCCAAAUUCUUCUACAAGAACAGUGACUCCCAAUUUUUCAUGCGUGGUGUCGCCUACCAAGAGGAAUACUCCGGCCCCAAGUCCGAAACAGACAACUACAAGGACCCCCUAACCGACGCCGAGGCAUGCAAACGUGAUGUCCCUCUGCUUAAGAAACUCAACGCCAACACCAUCCGUGUAUACGCCAUUGACCCUAAGGGCGAUCACAAGGAGUGUAUGAACCUCCUCAGUGAGAAUGGAAUCUACGUUGUGGCAGACCUGUCCGCUCCCGAUACGUCUAUUGUUCGUAACGACCCCAAGUGGGACUACGAGCUGUACACACGGUACACCGCUGUUGUCGACGAACUCGCUCAAUACAGCAACGUCCUUGGGUUCUUUGCAGGAAACGAAGUCUCAAACAACCCCAAGACCACCGGUGCCAGCGCCUUUGUCAAGGCUGCUGUGCGUGAUACCAAGCGCUACAUCAAGGCCAAGAACUACCGCGAGAUUGGUGUUGGCUAUGCCACCAAUGACGACUCGUCCAUCCGUGUGGACAUGGCCAACUUUUUCAACUGCAACGAGAAGGAAGAGAGCAUCGACUUCUGGGGUUACAACGUCUACUCCUGGUGCGGCGACUCCAACUACGAGAAGUCCGGCUACAAGUCCCGUACCGAUGAGUUCCGCGACUACUCGAUCCCCGUCUUCUUUGCUGAAUACGGUUGCAACGCUGUCCAGCCCCGCAAGUUCACUGAAGUCGAGGCCCUCUAUGGCGACAAGAUGGCUGAGGUCUGGUCCGGUGGUAUCGUCUACAUGUACUUCCAGGAGGAGAACGACUACGGUCUCGUUUCCAUCAAGGACGGCAAGGCCUCGACCCUUGAGGACUACAGCUACCUCUCUAAGCAGCUCGCAUCCGCAACCCCCUCCGGUACCAAGAAGGGCGCCUACAAGCCCUCCAACACUGCCCUGCAAUCCUGCCCUACCCUCGGCAAGAGCUGGGAGGCCACCGCCUCCCCUCUCCCCCCUUCGCCCAACCAGGAUCUCUGUGACUGUAUGGAGAAGAGCCUCACCUGUAUUGCGAAGAGUGACAUUAAGGGCAAGCAACUCUCAAAGACCUUCAGCACCGUCUGCGGUUACGAAGGGGGCAAGUACUGCGAUGGUGUCAGCGGAAACGCUACCACUGGCGAAUAUGGAGCUUACAGUGUCUGCACACCUGAGCAGCAACUCUCUUUCGCCAUGAACGCCUACUACGAAGGCCACGGAUCUGACUCUCAGGCCUGUGACUUCGACGGUGCUGCCUCCUCCCAGAGCACCAGUGAGCCCACCGCUGCUUGCUCUUCUCUUUUGGACCAGGCUGGUUCCGAGGGUACUGGUGUCGUUAGCGCUUCCCCCACCGCUGGUGGUAGCGGUGGAUCUGGUGGCAGCGGCGACUCUGAGACCUCUGACGGUGCUGGAGUUGCUCUCACCCCCUCUAGCGUUCACGUCGGUGUCUUCCAGCUCAGCGCCUACGUGGCUACGGCUGUCUUAGCCGGUGCUGCUAUGAUCAUGCUGUAG